AUGAAGGUCUCUGUGGCUGUCCUCGCUGUUCUCAUCGCUGCCUUCUGCUACCAGACCUCUGCUGGACCGAUUGGCUCUGACCCCCCUACCUCCUGCUGCUUCAGCUAUGUCGCCCGGCAGCUGCCCCGCAGCUUUGUGGUGAAGUACUACGACACCAGCAGCCAGUGCCCAAAGCCAGCUGUUGUGUUUGUGACGAGGAAGGGCCGCGAGGUCUGCGCCAACCCUGAGGAGAGAUGGGUCCAGCAGUACGUGAACGACCUGGAGCUGAACUGA